CCGGCGCUAGGACCCCGUGGCCGCAGCGUCACUCACAUAGCCCCGCCCUCUCAAUCGGCGCUGAGCGGAUGAAACAUGGCGCCGGACGGAUGGAAAUACUAAUGACAGUCGGCAAACUCGCUUCCAUUUGUACCAUGGGCAUCAAUGCCUCUGCUUUGGAGAAAGAGAUUGGGCCAGAACAGUUUCCAAUUAACGAGCAUUAUUUUGGUUUAGUAAAUUUUGGGAAUACUUGCUACUGUAAUUCAGUCCUUCAGGCACUUUACUUUUGUCGUCCAUUCCGAGAGAAAGUCCUAGCGUACAAGAAUCAGCCAAGGAAAAAGGAAAAUCUACUCACGUGCUUGGCAGAUCUCUUCCACAACAUAGCCACGCAAAAAAAGAAAGUGGGCGUGAUACCUCCUAAGAAGUUUAUAACAAGACUACGAAAAGAAAAUGAACUUUUUGAUAAUUACAUGCAACAAGACGCUCAUGAGUUCCUUAACUACCUGUUAAACACUAUUGCCGAUAUCCUGCAGGAAGAGAAAAAACAGGAAAAACAAAACGGACAGCUACAUAAUGGUAUCAAUGAUGACAAUGGCAAUGACAUACCGGAACCAACAUGGGUACAUGAGAUGUUUCAAGGGACGUUAACUAAUGAAACCAGAUGUCUUAACUGUGAAACUGUAAGUAGCAAAGAUGAAGACUUUUUAGACCUUUCUGUUGAUGUGGAGCAGAACACUUCAAUUACACAUUGCUUGAGGGGGUUUAGUAAUACAGAGACGCUGUGUAGCGAAUACAAAUACUACUGUGAAGUGUGCUGCAGUAAACAGGAAGCUCAGAAAAGGAUGAAAGUAAAAAAGCUACCUAUGAUUUUAGCUCUUCAUCUGAAAAGGUUCAAAUAUAUGGAUCAGCUGCAUCGAUACACAAAACUAUCUUACAGAGUCGUCUUUCCUUUAGAACUUCGAUUGUUCAACACGUCAGGAGAUGCUACCAACCCGGACAGAAUGUAUGAUCUUGUUGCAGUAGUGGUGCACUGUGGAAGUGGUCCUAACCGAGGGCACUACAUUGCAAUAGUGAAGAGCCAUGACUUCUGGUUGCUGUUUGACGAUGAUAUUGUCGAGAAAAUAGACGCACAAGCCAUUGAGGAAUUCUAUGGACUGACUUCUGAUAUCUCUAAGACCUCUGAAUCUGGUUAUAUCCUUUUCUACCAGUCCAGAGAUUAAAUGAAUGCAGGAGAACAGUUCCACCUCUCUCACUUCCAAGCACUCACCGUUGCAGAACAGGACACCGAGAUCAUGCAGAGGAUAGAAGAACUUGUCGUCUUGUUUGCAAAGUUUGAGAGAGUAAUACUGAUUGUAAGGGCAAGUCAAAAGUAUCCCUGGGAUGUAAGCAGUUUUACUCAUUAUGAAAUCACAUUGACAUAGGUCUACCUAUGCAAGGGGGGCACUGGGCUGGUGAUAGGUCACUGGAUCCAGAGCUCAAUUUGAUGUCAUUGAAGGUAUUGCAUGCUAAAUGCAUAUAUAUGAAACCAAAGUGAACUGAUGUUUGAUCUGAUGAAUCCUGGUUUUAUGCUGUUGACAUUAAGUUAAGCGAUUUUUACAUCCUCAAAUUCUGGAACUACUGAAAAUUAGGUUUUCAUUUGAAAUAAUUGACCAAAAAUGAUGACAGUUGAUACUAGCAAGUUUGCGCAAAAAUUGUCACCAAAGACUAAGUGGUAUUGUGGAUUUUCGUAAGGCUUGUAAAACUUUUUUUUUUUUUUUAAAGACUUGACCAACAUCAAGUCUUGCAGUUCUCUUUUCGAUUUCCACAAGUUGAUUGCGUAACCUCCCAGCAGUCUUGGUGUUAAGUUGCAUUAAAUUUGAAGUAUGUUAUUUUACCAGCUAAUCAUACAUCUGCACUCUUUGUUAACAAAAAUCUGGUGCUGAUUACUAAAGCUGUCAUUAGACACAAGAGGCAUCACAUAUGUGUAAAUGAUAAAUACAGGGCAGGAUCAAUGGCAGAGUUGUAGAGCCUUGUAAAUAUACAACAUUAAAGCAGCUUUUUUUAAGUGUCAAAGAAUCAAAUACUUUUUGUAGAGUUUUUUUUAAUCCCAGAAAAAAUUGUAAAGUGGCAAAAUAUUAUGAGUAAUUCCAGCUUUUUUUUUUGACUUCAUAUCAUGAAAUAAGGCCAUAUUUUAAACGCCUCUGUAAAAUGAAAACUCGUCACUGCUUGGCUAUAUUGGAAUGCUCAGUAAUUAUGUUCUGUUGUACAUAUUGUAUAAAUAAUGUGUUUAUACAUUUUAAGAUCAAUUGGUUUCUAUUAACUAUUUUAGCUCCUAUAAAUCUUUGGUUUGCUCACUAUUGUGUAAAAUAAUUCUUUGUCAUUGCAUAUUUCAUAUUUCUUCUACGUUGUGUCUGCAUUAAUUUGAUCCACUGUACUUCAACAUGGCAACUGAAGUGUCUGAAUAUUUUGCCUGGAUAAAUGUAGUCUGUGCUCUCAUGCACCUACUUGAACUCGCAGUCGCUGAAUGUAAUAUUGAAGGCCCUGUUAACACAGCAUGAAUGGGAUUUGAUUUAUUUUGCGUUUCUGUUUGUGGGAAUCAAAGCACACUGUUUAUACGGUUCCCAUGAACAACCGGCAGUUUUGUUUUUGUUCGGUAAAGAUUCCUACUUCCCUGCAUAAGUUUCAAAUUGAACAAUUAACUUCAGUUAAAUUUAACUUUAAAUUGCUUCCCCGAUUUCCUCCUCAUGAUGCACACCAGCCCAUUGCCUCUGAUGCAAAGUUUGAUGCUGUCCGAUUUUAAUGUCCCAAGCAGCAAUGAUUGUAGUCAGAAGAUAGACUGGGUUCCAUUUAAUUCAGCAGAAUGUGUGCAUCUGUGCUGACUAAUGGGAGAAUAUAGUAUAUUGAUCCCAAAAUGAAUUUUAAAGUGGCCUGCAAAAAAACUUUAAUCUAGGGUUUAAGACCAGAAUCACUGUUUCGAAUAGACCAGGGUGGAGAACAUUUUUGCCACCUCUCUCUUGUACAGUACUUCAUAUCAAUACUUUGAAAUCCAAUGAAGAAUGUGUAUCAGCUGCUAAAAAGAAAACUUUAAUUCAUCAGAGAACAUUCUGUAGCUACUAGAAUAAUGCUUUUUGACCUGCUGCCUCAGGAAAUGUUGUGGUCUUAACAAUUGCUGCCCUUUUGCCCUUAGCGUUUGUGUUUCUUUUUUUUGUUGAAGAAGUGUAGUAUCAUGUUAUUGUGGCAAGGUGUAAGGUUGUUGGGGACAGGGAUUCAGACUGGUUGGCUUCUAAGUAGAUGAAGUAAUAACUUAAGUCUUACAUAUUUUGUUUUCAAAAAUAUUAUUUUUUGUUGAACCCUGUUAAUCUUAACAGUACUUCAAUUGGGUUCCUUCUACCCCUGCAUUAAAGCACAUUUUGGGAUUCAGGAAAAGGGAAGCCACCUACAUUCUGUUGAAUGCAAUUUUUGCCCUGUCUUCUCUGCCUCUUUUAUUAAUCUUUGGAAGGAUUGUCCACUUAACGAUCACUCUAGUUUUUUUAAAAAUAGAGAAUGCUUCAAUUAAUUAAAAGAUUUAAAAAAAAAAAACGAAAUAAUUGGUAGAGUGAGAUAACUUUAGAAUGUUGCAGCAUUAUGCAUUUGUUCCUGUGUUUGCUCGGGUUUUGUGAAACAAAAUGUUUGGGUGUGGAUUUUAGUGAUUUAGGAAUUGAUUUGGCUAUUGUAUUGCAGUCAGAUGGUGAAUAGUUCGAUAAAGUACUACAAAAUUGCGUUUUAGCCAGCAGAAAUCAGGGUGUCUGGGCAGGGGAAAAAUGUGACCAGUGAAUAAUGGAACUGAUUUGUGUCUUUACGUCAAGAAGUUCUUUGGGGGACAGCUGAAUAUUUUGUAAAUUGGAUCAGAAAUUUCUACAGAAAAAAAAAUGUAUGUUCUUUGAUAGCAUAAUAUUGUAUGUAUAUAUAUAUUGAAAAAUUACUCUAAAUUAUAAAUUGUUGCACUUUUGAUACUGAUUUUUAGGUGUAUUUAAGGGGUUAUUUGAGACUGUUGUUUAAUUAUGUUUUUGUCUUAAAUAAAAAAAAUAAUAAUUUACAGGUCUAA